AAGAAGAUAGUUUAUUUCCUUUUUAGAUUCUUUUAUUUUUUUAAGUUGGUCAUAAGAAUAGAUGUAGGUAAAUUAUGGCGGACGAAAAAGAUGUGGUCGAAAAAACUAUUGCGGAGGACUUGGUGGUCACCAAGUAUAAAAUGGCAGGAGAAAUUGUUAACAGAGUACUAAAGCAAGUUAUCGAUAAAUGUGUACCUGGUACAUCAGUUAGGGAGAUCUGCGAGUAUGGUGACCAAUUAUUAACUGAUGAAACUACCAAAGUUUUCAAAAAGGAAAAGGAGCUAAAGAAGGGUAUAGCUUUUCCAACUUGCGUUUCAGUAAACAACUGUAUAUGCCACUUUUCACCCGUUCCUAGCGAACCAGACUACACUCUUAAAAAUGAGGAUGUUGCUAAAGUUGACUUGGGUGCCCAGAUUGAUGGCUUUAUUGCUGUAGUAGCUCAUACAAUAGUUGUAGGUGCGGCUAGUGAAAGCAAAGUGACUGGAAGAAAAGCAGAUGUUAUUCUAGCAGCGCAUUAUGCCUCACAGGCAGCUCUAAGGCUUCUGAAGCCUGGCAAUGACACGUAUGCUGUUACAGAUGCUGUGCAAAAGGUGGCAGAAUCAUUUAAAUGCAAACCUGUUGAAGGUAUGUUGAGUCAUCAACUUAAGCAGUUUAAAAUUGACGGCGAAAAAACCAUAAUUCAAAAUCCAAAUGAUGCUCAGAAAAAAGAGCAUGAAAAAUUUGAGCUAGAUAAACAUGAAGUUUAUGCCAUGGAUGUCUUGGUCAGCACCGGUGAAGGCAUAGGAAAAGAAACUGAUACUAGAGUGUCCAUUUACAAGAAAACUGAUGAAAUUUAUCAACUAAAAUUGAAGGCAUCAAGAAUGUUUUACACUGAAGUUAGGACAAAAUAUGGCAAUAUGCCUUUUAAUUUGAGGAAUUUUCAAGAUGAAACUAAGGCUAAAAUGGGAGUAGUGGAGUGUGUUAAAAAUAAGUUGAUAGAACCCUUUCAAGUUUUAUAUGAAAAACCAGGUGAACUUGUUGCCCAUUUUAAAUUCACGGUUCUCCUCAUGCCCAAUGGUCCACACAAAAUCACAGGACUACCAGUUGAAACGGACUUAUAUCAAUCGGAAUAUUCAGUCACCGACCCCGAAUUGAAAUCCAUCCUUAACAGUUCUGCCAAUCCGAAAGCAGCCAAAAAGAAAAAAAAGAAAUCUGAAAGCUCCUCAGAACCUCAACCGAUGGAAGUGGAAGCAGCUGCUUAAAUGGAUGACUACAAAAAUAAAUGAAUUUCGGAUUUUUAUAAAUGCUUUUUCAUUUCACUCUUCAUCUCCAGUGUUUUGUUUUUUAAUCCACAGAAACCAUAGGCGUUCUUGUAUUAUCUCAGCAUUGUUGUCUGUCAGUUGUCAUUUUUGAGACAUUUUCACCUAUCAUUAAUCAUUAUUCAAUAAAUACGAUUUUGGAUUAAUUUUAAGUCAAAUACCAGAUCAGAAAAAUAAUCACUUAAAAAAUUAUUAAUCAAAAAAUUUAAUUUGACCAGAAAAAAAUUAAAAAAUAGUCACUUCAAAAUUUUGUAUGAUAUAGAAAGACGAAAGUAGCAGGCAUUUUUCAAAAAAAAUUAUUACAAUUUUUGUUUUACUUAUUUAAACCAGUGGAAUAAAAAAAUCGCACAAAUAAUUUUUAAAGGAAAAUUACCACUGCCUCAAAAUUUCUAUCAACUGGUAUUGGUGUGUUGACGAGUUAAUAUUGAUUCUCCUUUGGAAAAAAAUGUGUAAAUCCUAAAUUUGGUACAAAUUUCUUUAUAUUACCUAAGUGUAAAUUUUUAUUUUAGAUUUUUUUUAACAGUUUUGUUU